UGGCGGAGUAGAUGUGAAAGUUUGACAUCGCAAUAAAACUCGUCAAAAAUCRCUGAAAAUGCAGACAGAAGUAACACAUAUUGCGUUUAAUCAAGACCACGGAUGUUUUGUGUGCACUGUUGAUGGUGGAUUAAGAGUCUACAAUACAGAACCAUUAUCAGAGAAAGCUAGAUUAGAGGUGAAUGAGUUGUACCAUGUCUCCCAAGUACAUAUGCUAUAUAGAACUAACCUCCUGGCCAUUGUAGGCACCGGAUUAGGAGCAAGAUAUAAUAAUAACAAAGUUUGUAUCUGGGAUGACACCCUAAAGAAGAUGGUUCUUGAAUUGACAUAUGGCUCACCAGUGAUGACAGUUAGACUACGUAGAGAUCAACUGGUAGUUGUUCUACGUAAUAAAGUCCAUGUGUACACUUUUCCAAACAAUCUGCAGAAACUACUGGAUCUGGACACUAGAGAUAAUCCUAAAGGUUUAUGUGAAGUUAGUCCAAGUACAGAAAGACCUUUAAUGGUAUUUCCUGCACACAAAUGUGGAAGUGUUCAGUUAAUUUAUCUUAGCAACAGGCAACCAGACUCAUCAUCAGCACCAUUCACUAUCAAUGCGCACAAAGGAGAAUUAGCUUGCUUGGCUGUCAAUCAACAAGGAACGCAACUAGCCACAGCCUCGCAACAGGGAACCUUAAUAAGAGUUUUCGAUGCGCAGUCUAGAAAUCAGUUGAUUGAGCUGAGACGAGGUGCAGAUCCUGCCACACUGUAUUGUAUUAACUUCAGCCACGAUUCAGGUUUUUUGUGCGUUUCAAGUGACAAAGGAACAGUACAUAUCUUUGCUCUCAAAGAUACUAAGCUCAAUAAAAGAUCAAGUCUCUCCAAGGUUGGUUUUCUUGGCCAGUAUGUUGAGUCUCAAUGGGGUUUAGCAAGCUUUACAGUACCUGCUGAAGUGGCUUGUCUAUGCGCGUUUGGUCAGGCUAGCUCAGUGAUUGCUGUAUGCAUUGAUGGCACAUUCCACAAAUACGUCUUCACACCCGAUGGAAACUGCAACCGUGAGGCCUACGACGUCUUUCUGGAGCUUGGAAACGACUCUGAGUUUUAAUUUGAGAGGACCAGACGCGACAAGGUACCAUAUAUGGUCAACAUGGGUGAAGCGAGAGGCAAGGGAUGAAGGAGGAGAAAACAUGGAAGAGAGAAUAUUUAUAGUAAUAUUAYGAUUUGGUUCAGUCUGAAAUGAUUUACAUAGYUCUGGWCAUCAGUUUCGCGGUCUGUUUUCCCAUAUUUUGGGAAGAACUGAUAUUGGUCUCAUAAGAUUUUCAAUGACRUUUUAGGAGUUUACGUUUGCUAUACAUUAUUUCCCAUUUUUUUCGUCCGGCAAUCCACUUGAAUUUCGUCRGAUAAUCGAAUUUAGCUCUUUAUCUAAA